GCGUCAAGUACUUUGGUUGCCAGAGGCAGAGAUAGCGAGCAUCCACAGACAGCCAAUGACAGUAGUAAUCUCUUGUAACAUAAACAAUCUGAUUGGAAAGUCAGCAGUCGUAAGGAGGCCACCUGCACUGCAUUAUGCAUCGACUGGUUUCGCUUUGGUUUUGCAUUUCACUCGUCUUCACUCUCGCCCGCUGCACACCGUUCGAGGAUGGCAACAACAACAAUGUCAAGAUCACCAAACGCAGCCUGGAGCUGACACAGACCAUAAAUAUCCAGCGGCAGGAGUACAUGCAGCGGCAAUGCGAGCUACUCGGCGAGCACACCCAAACCCAGGAGGAUCUCACGGAGCUGCAAAUGGAUCAUAUGAUUGUGGACAAGCAGCACAAGCUCCUCUACUGCUAUGUGCCAAAGGUUGCCUGCACGAACUGGAAGCGAGUGCUAAUGCUGCUUACGGGGAAGUGGCACAAUGGCACCGAUCCCCUGCAGAUACCCGGCUCUCUGGCCCAUUCGGUGGGCAUGUUCACCAAGUUCUACGACCUGAGUGAUCAGGAGAAACAGCAGGUGCUCAGCGAAGAUUAUACGCGCUUCAUCCUGGUGCGGCAUCCGUUCGAGCGUCUGCUUUCCGCCUAUCGCAACAAACUGGAGGGUGAUUCCCCAAGUGCCCGAUACUUUCAGUCGCGUGUGGGCCGGCAGAUUGUGCGAGAACUACGCCCGGAGGCCAGCAAUAAGUCACUGGAACAUGGAGACGACGUAACGUUUGGUGAAUUCGUAGAAUAUCUGCUUACUCCAGAGCUCAGCAGGAGCAAUCAGUCGGCGUACAAUGAGCACUGGGAGGUGAUAGCCAAGCUGUGCAAUCCCUGCAUAAUGAAAUACAAUGUUGUGGGCAAGUACGACACCUUGCUGGAUGAUUCCGCAUUGGCUUUGUAUCUGGCCGGUGCCACAAAUCUGACAUUCCCCACCGGCCACAAGCCAUCCAGCACGAGAGCCAAUCUCCGGAAAUACUUUGAUCCCCUGCCCAUAGGUGCCAUACGACAGCUGUAUGAGAUCUAUGAAGAGGACUUUCGCUUCUUCGACUACGGCAUGGACGAUGUUCUGGGCUUCGAAUUUGGCUGAAUGAAUGAAUUUGUAAUGUGAAUGCUCUCUCUGCUAUUUCCGAGUCACUACCAUAACGCUUUCCACUGGAAAAGAUUGUGAUUUUAUCAUAGGAUUCGUAUUAGCAAAUAUUGGUUUAGUUAAUGUUUAGUGAAGCGCCAUGCGAAUAUUAUUUUACAUUCACCUCUCUCCACACAAAUAUCCCCCAAAAUUCAUCGAUUAUUAUUUGUAGUUGUUGUGUUUGGUUUGUUUAAGAGAUUAUUGUAGCAAUCAAAGUGUUAACUUGUUAGGGAAAUAAUAUUUUAAUCACAAGUUUAUAUAUUGUAAAAUCUAAAGUAUUUUAUUUGAUUUUAAUUGUACGCCAAAUGUAGUAUAAUCCUAUUAAAUGUAUUCGGUUAUGUUUAAAAAUCAA